AUGAUUGAUGAAGACUCGAUUUCGGUUGUGAUCACAGCCUCGAAGGAGAUUGAGCGCGUUAGCACGCCUGGACAGUUUGAAGGUGACGUCAAGCGACAUGUUAAGGGUCAUAUGUACACUAUCUACACGGUCUUCGUGCGCAACGUCACGACUGGAGGAAAAUGCAUCGUGCGGAGGCGCUACUCGGACUUUUUCAAGCUGCGGAAGGAAUUGAUGGAACUUGUGUCAUGGGGUCACUGCAAUUAUUGCGAGCAAUAUCUGCAGCAAAUUGCCGACUACCCAUUUCCGCGCCGACGGCUACUGCGCUCGAGUCGUGCGGCUGUAGUGAAAGAGCGUAUGGACAGCCUCGGACUUUUCCUAAGGCAUAUACUUCUUUGCAUCAUGGCUCGUAGGUUUGAGAGUUGCUCUCAAGCUUGCGAUAAGAUCCGGAAUUGCAUCAUACACUCCUUUCUGCAAAUGGAGCACGCGGAGUCACUAUUCCCGACUAUGGCGUCAAAACAGCGCCCAAUUGAAAUUUUACAAGCCAUGGAAGAGAAGCGUCAGCAGCAGGUCAAGGCGGCAGGUCUUCGCUCCAAGAGUCAGGCAUUUACGUUGCAUUCGGACCAGAACAACCAGUCCAUACUGUCGCGCAAUCAGCGUCAGGUAGGAACAGACACUUGCCAUCUCUGUCUUCAAAAAUGGACGCACUGCUAUUGCAAUAGCGACCAGGAUUGCGUAUUCCCUGUCAAUGUUGUCACAGAAAGCGACGACAAAUGUCCUACGCAAGAGUGUUCUAGUGGCUCAGUAGAUAGUGACGUUAGUCGAUGCAGUCGAUGCGAGAAUGACUGGAAUCAUUGCUACUGUUGCCAACAGAUGUCUCCCGCUAUCUCAUUAGUAAGUUCCGAUCACUGA